AAGAACAACUAACAUUCAAUUUCUUCACUCUGCCAUUCCCAUUCUCUCUCAAAAAUCCAUUCAGAAAAACCUCUUAUUUUAAUUUUGAUUCACUUUCCUUUGCCUAAUUUCAUCAAGCUUUCUUUCUCCUCUUUCUUUUAGAUCUUCUCAAACGUACCAUUUCACUAUGGCUUUUCUGACAAACAAACAAGCCUCCUUUUCCUCCAUCACCCACCAAUACAAAUAUGAUGUGUUCUUGAGUUUCAGAGGGGAUGAUACUCGCAUGGAUUUUACUAGCCAUUUGAAUGGCUUUUUGAAGCUGAAGGGUAUUCAUACCUUCAUCGAUGAUGAACUCCCAAGGGGAGAAGAAAUUUCCACUGAACUUCUUGAAGCCAUUAAAAGUUCAAGGAGUUCCAUAAUUGUAUUCUCUGAGAACUAUGUAUCUUCUACCUGGUGCUUGGAUGAACUUGUCGAAAUUCUUGAGUGUAAGAAGAAUGGACAAAUGGUGUUACCAGUGUUUUAUAAGGUGGAUCCCUCGGAAGUACGUAACCAAAAGGGAAAAUUUGGAGAAACUUUAGCAAAACAUGAAGUAAAUAAUAUAAAGAAGGUGCAAAAAUGGAGGGAAGCUCUAAACAAAGCUGGUAGCAUAUCUGGUUUGACCUACAAGGACGGUUGCAGCUGCUCUCAAUUUGAAUUUAUUGAAGAAAUUUUUAAAGAGAUCUCAAGUGCUCAAUUAAAUCACAUGAAAUUAUCUGUUGCAAAAUAUCUUGUUGGAAUAGAUACUCGUGUAAAUGACGUCAUAAAUCGGUGUUUAGAUAUUAAAUCAAAUGAUGUCCGCAUUGUAGGGAUCUUUGGCCUUCCCGGAGUGGGUAAGACAACAAUUGCAAAAGUUAUUUUUAACACAAUUCAUUAUUGUUUUGAUGGAAGCAGCUUUCUAGAUAAUGUUAGUGAAAAAUCAAGGACAAAUUAUGGCGUAAUUCAAUUACAAGAGACACUUUGUUAUGAGAUCUUAGGGUAUCAAAAUUUGAAGGUGGGGAGUAUAUCUAAAGGAAUCAAUGUGACAAUUGAAAGGCUUCAUCGUAAAAGGAUUCUUAUAGUUCUUGAUAAUGUUGAAAAAUUGGAUGAGAUAGAAUUUUUUCUUGAAAAUUAUGAUAGGAUUACAUCUGGAAGUAGAAUCAUUAUAACCACAAGAGACAAACACUUGCUUGAUACUCUUACAAAAAAUAUUCAUAUUAUGCCAAAGGUCUUCCAUUAG